GAGUCAUGUGAUACCAAGAUGGUGGUGCCGCGGUAGCUUCCCAGCGACAGUACAGCCCUAGGAGCCGCGACAGUUUCUGCCCUUAGGUCGUGGGGAGGCCCAUUUAACUGACUUUUCGGCCGCCCGUGACUAGGACUAAGGACCUGAUCAGAGCUGGGGCUGUUGAUGUCACUGGUAGGUUCCGGGGAGUGCGGGUGACCUCGGUUCAGAAGCCUUGCGCCGGCCGGAGAAACAGUGGCUCGCCUCCUCCGUCAUCUGGGCUUGCAGCUUAGGAUUGGAGUUCAUGAGGCUUCCCAGGGCUUCCCAGGUCCCAAACCCUGAUAAUCAUCUGGAAUUUGAAUUUUUGGGUAUGUGAGAGGGAAGUGCAAAGAAGGCCGCAAGAGCUUCGCUUCCUCAUCCAGAGGCCGGACUUCCCCGCCGACUAACCCCGCAUUAUUUUCUAUUUCCUCUCAAUGUCCUCUCCGUAUUUCAGGAAAUAUGAUCAGCGCCCCUGAUGUGGUGGCCUUCACCAAGGAAGACGAGUACGAGGAGGAGCCUUAUAAUGAGCCCGCCUUGCCGGAGGAGUACUCAGUACCUCUCUUCCCCUAUGCCAGCCAGGGGGCCAACCCCUGGUCUAAACUGUCCGGGGCCAAGUUCUCCAGGGACUUCAUUCUUAUUUCCGAGUUCUCUGAGCAGGUGGGACCCCAGCCCUUGCUGACUAUCCCCAAUGAUACCAAAGUUUUUGGCACUUUUGAUCUCAAUUACUUCUCCUUGCGGAUCAUGUCAGUGGAUUACCAGGCUUCAUUCGUGGGUCAUCCUCCUGGUUCUGCCUACCCCAAGUUGAACUUUGUGGAGGACUCCCAGGUGGUACUGGGAGACUCUAAGGAAGGGGCCUUUGCAUAUGUGCACCACCUUACUUUGUAUGACCUGGAAGCCCGUGGCUUUGUGAGGCCCUUCUGUAUGGCUUAUAUCUCUGCAGACCAGCAUAAAAUCAUGCAGCAAUUCCAGGAGCUUUCAGCUGAAUUUUCCAAAGCAUCUGAGUGCUUGAAGAUGGGUAACAGGAAGGCAUUUGCCGGGGAACUUGAAAAAAAGCUCAAAGACUUGGAUUACACGAGGACAGUGCUGCACACAGAAACUGAGAUCCAAAAAAAAGCCAAUGACAAAGGUUUUUAUACAUCUCAGGCAAUUGAGAAAGCCAAUGAACUGGCCAAUGUGGAAAAGUCCAUCAUUGAGCAUCAAGAUUUGUUGAGGCAGAUCCGCUCAUACCCUCGUCAGAAGAUGAAGAUGCCUGAUUUGCAUCCUGGUGAUGUGGAGCAUACCCAAGACCAGGCUGAGCAGGUAUCUACUACCUCUUACCCUGAGGAGCCAGCUAAUGCAGACCUCUAUACCUGCAGACCGGCAUACACUCCCAAACUCAUCAAAGCAAAAUCCACCAAGUGUUUUGACAAGAAGUUGAAGACCUUAGAGGAGCUCUGUGUUAGGGAGUAUUUCACUCAGACCCUGGCCCAGCUUAGCCACAUUGAACACAUGUUCAGAGGAGACCUGUGCUACCUCCUGACCAGUCAGAUUGACAGAGCACUUCGGAAACAACAGUACAUCACAAACUUCCUCUUUGAAGACUUCAUGGAGGUUGAUGACAGGGUGGAGAAACAAGAAAAUGUGCCCUCCCAGCCCAGUCAGGACAGGCUGCCAUCCAGGCCUGUGGAAGAAUGCCCCAUUCCUAAAGUGUUGAUUAGUGUUGGUUCUUACAAGUCCAGUGUGGAGUCUGUGCUGAUCAAGAUGGAGCAGGGCCUUGGCGAUGGAGAGUACAGGGAGGCGGAGGCAACAGAGUCAAGCAGUUUUGAGCCCCCAGACAACCUGGACUACCUGGAUAUGGAUAUGAAAGGGAGUGUCAGCAGUGGGGAGAGCAUCGAGGUCCUGGGCACCGAGAAGUCAUCUUCUGUGCUGUCUAAAUCUGACAGCCAGGCCAGCCUCACAGUGCCACUGAGCCCCCAUGUAGUCCGUAGCAAGGCAGUCAGCCACAGGACAAUCAGUGAGGACAGUAUUGAAGUCUUAAGCACCUGCCCAUCUGAGGCCCUCAUUCCCGAUGACUUUAAGGCCAGCUACCCAAGUGCCAUUAAUGAAGAGGAAACCUAUGCAGGUAAUGAGGGGGCCAUCCAUUUCGAGGCAAGUGUCAGCCCACCAGAACUGGGUGAGACUCAGGAGGGCAGCUUGGAAAAUACCCCAUCCCAAAUAGACUCCAGCUGCGGUAUUGGAAAGGAGAGUGAAGGUCAGCUGGCUCCUCUACCCACCCCAGCUUAUACUCUCUCUGAUGAGGAUGGUGUGGUGAGCAUCCCCCCACAGCGCUGCGGGCAGAAGGAUCAAGGGUUCCAUGUGGACGCCGUGAUGGAAAACACUGACCCUUCACUCCGAGACAACAGUUGUGAAAUGUUCCCAGCUUAUGAGCUGGAUCCAAGCUGCCUUCUGGCUAGCCGAGAUGUCAGUAAGACAAGCCUGGAUAACUACUCGGAUACCACUAGCUACAUGAGCAGUGUGGCCUCUACCAGCUCGGACAGAACCCCCUCUGCUAGCCUAUCCUCUGACAGACACAAAAAGAGAGCUGGCCAGAAUGCCUUAAAAUUCAUCCGCCAGUACCCUUUUGCCCACCCAGCCAUCUACUCCCUGCUUAGUGGGAGGACACUUGUGGUCCUGGGCGAAGAUGAAACCAUAGUCAGGAAGCUUGUAACUGCACUGUCCAUCUUUGUUCCCAGCUAUGGCUACUAUGCCAAGCCGGUGAAGCACUGGAUUUCUUCCCCUUUGCAUAUUGUGGAUUUUCAGAAGUGGAAGCUUAUUGGCCUACAGAGGGUGGCCUCCCCUGCCAGUAUGGGUACCCUCCAUACCCUGAGCCGUUACAGCCGCUAUACAAGCAUCCUGGACCUGGACAGCAAGACCCUACGCUGUCCCCUGUACAGGGGUACACUGGUACCCCGCCUGGCUGACCAUCGAACUCAGAUCAAGCGAGGCAGCACGUACUACCUGCACGUCCAGAGCAUGCUCACCCAGCUCUGCUCCAAGGCGUUCCUCUACACCUUCUGCCACCCCCUGCAUCUGCCUGCCCAUAGUGAGGAGACACAGGAAGCAGUGGCCAGCAGACAAACCAGCUUCCUAAAGCUCAACCUGGGGCUAGUGAAUGAGGACAUCAGAGUGGUGCAGUACCUGGCUGAGCUGUUGAAACUGCACUACAUGCAGGAGUCACCUGGGACCACCCACCCCUUGCUCAGGUUUGACUACGUCCCCAGCUUUCUGUACAAAAUCUAAGAGUUCCAGCCACUGUGACCAAGACCUGUGACUUGGGAUGGGGAGGGAGAAGGGUCGGUGUGACUAAAUACUUGCCUGAGCUGGAGUGUUGAGCUUCCUGGUGUCAGCGGAAGGAAACAGGUGGCAGUUGUGGUUCCCAUCUAGUCCUGGGCAGUGCGUGAAGUGGGCCGAGUAGAGGUGGAGCCUGGCUCCCCAGAGGUGGCUGGAAGAACAGCAGCUCCUCUUGGUUCCAUGGGGAAGUGGCCACCAAAUAAGGGGGUGUCCUUCAUUUCCCAAGGAUCAGCAGUCUGGGCAGGAAGAGAAAGCUCUAGACCCUGUGGGGCUGGAGCAGAUGAGGCUAAGUAGCCAAAGCCCAGAUGACAUCUGAGUGGCAGAAUCAGCCUGGGAUCUGGUGUAGGACACAGGACAGCCAUCGUCUCCAUCUACCUCUACCUGGACCCCAGCAACUGAGGGGAGGCUCCCAAACAAGGACUCGGAGGAACCAGUGCUCUGGUCAGUUGGAGAAAGACACAUCUGGGCUGUGGGGGAUGCACACCACAAGUGGCCCCUUGACCUAUCUUCCCCUGUCAAGGAAGUGCUCACUGAGUCCCCAGGGGUCAUUCCUUACAGUGGUCCUGGAUGUGAAGAUGUCACACAGCUACAGCCAGUUUGAGAACUACACUGGGAGCUGUAGAUAAAGCAGGCCAUAGGCCAUUCCCCACUGUCUAUGACAGGAGCUGCCUAUUGCCUCUUCUCAGCCAGGACAUUAACUCGGACGCUCCUGGAAAGGUCUGCAGCACUAUAUUACCUCUCCUGGUGGCUGCGGGCUUGGUGACAACUGAGGUCUGGUUGGCUAGCUUGUGUUCUGACCGGAACUUAGAAGCAAGGAUAUCCUGUACCAGCUCCUGGGUGGCUAUCAUUAGACCUCCAUCUGGGAGGCAGUGUGCACCUCCAUCCUCACAAUCGUCCACGUGUGAGUGAGUCCCUUUCCCCUUGAAAGAACAAUGAGCCUGGGUGAGGCCCCUCCUGGUCCCCACCUGACCCACUGGUGGCCUUCAUCAUGACCUCCCCAGGACUUCAAUUGCAGCUGCUCCUGUUGUGCUCCACAUGCUACGUGGAGUGAAUGCUCCUCAUAGUUCUGAAAAUGUGAGACCUGUUGAAAACGUGUUCUCCCUAAAUAGGAGAAGCUCUGGUCAUUACUGCUUUUUAAUUAGCUAAAGACAAAACAAAACCCUGCAGUGAAUGGGACCCAGAUCGGCCCCGUGCAUGCAUCUGUUAGAUGCUGUGUCCCCUGCACAGGUCUGUCAGCUGGUCACACCACUGAGGUCUCCCACAAGAAGGAACCCUGCAGAAGUCAAGUAACCAAAGAUGGCUUGCAGCAUGUCACUCCUGUGUCACAUGUCUUGCCCAGGUCUUUGACACAAAGUUGCAAUCUGUUGGUUCUGGUCCAUGGCUUUAGGUCAUGAUCCCCAUUUCACUCUAGACAGUAGUAUGUGGUUUUGCUUCUGAGGCUGACAGAGAACGAGGAUUUUGUCACUGUCUGUUACAGGUAUUUACAGACACCUUAGCAGCUGUGGUUCCCCUUGUGGCCUCCCCCAUCUGCUACUGCUUCUUAGAUGCCACUUUGACUGGUUGGCUAGGUGCCGUUUCCUCAGGAGCAGGGCUGGGAGGUGGUCAGUUGCUGUUGCUACUGCCUCAGCAUGGGGACUCAAAGGUGAACACUGUGUUCCCUGCACUGAGAAAGGUGAAUGAGCUGCAGCCACACUUGGCCUUCUGGAUACUAAAAGCACAGACUUGAGUCAAGGUCUCAAGUGGAGCUCCUUGGAUCUCCUUGGCAUUCAUCCACAGGGUGACUCAGAAGACAAAGCCAAGACUGGUGUGGAGUGGGCAGAACAGACUUGCAGAGCAGCCGUGGAAUGGCAAACAGGUGUCUGUCUUGAAUGGCUCCUCACUAAGUACACACUGACAAGGGAUCCAACUCCAGGAUUUACUUUUUUGUUUUGUUUUUGAGACAGGAUCUCAUGUAACUCAGGUUGGAUUCAUAAUCAGUAUGUGCCAGGGAUAACCCUGAAGUCUUGAUCCUUCUGACUCCACGUCCUGAUCCCUGAGACUAUAGGCAUGCUACCAGACCCGGUAUCUGCAUUUAAACUUGGUUUUAAAACUUUCUUGUGGUGAUUUGAAAGGAUUGCUUAAUGCUGUAAGCAUGCUUCCUCUCAGAGGGUACUAGUCAUUGGGACUGAGUUUGGACAGAGGAGGACUGGGAUCUUCUAGAAGUAGUGUAUCUGUACACCUUGAUGCUGUGGAGACCUAUGCAGCAGGACUCAACUCCUGAAAUUUUCAUCGGGUCGUUGGGCAGUGGUGGCACACACUAAUCCCAGCAUUCAAGAGGCAGAGGCA